AUGAGGCUGCUUGCACUUCUAAUGCUCACCAUUGCGAGUAUUACAAUGAGUGAUGUUAUCAAAAUUCCUCUCAAGAGGGUUGAGCCUCCAAUGUUCAAAAUGAUACGCGAGGGCACCUGGGCAACACAAAUGAAAGCAAUUAGGGCAAUGCGGCUGCACGUAGCUAAUGAUAGAAACGCUCCGAUAGCCCAGAAGCUGUAUAAUUAUUGGGACCUGAAUUAUCUUGGUACGAUUACAGUAGGGACACCAGGUCAGCAAUUUAGGGUUGUUCUUGACACUGGUUCUACCGAUCUUUGGGUGCCAGACUACAAGUGCCACAUAGGUACUCUGCAAGUAUGUGAGGAAUCAGUUUGCGAUCAAGGAUUGGUAUGCCGGGUCUUCUGUCCAAGAAAAGUAAAGUGCUGUCAAGAGUAUAUAGGUGAAAACAAAGAACCGAAUCCGUGCGCAGCGAAAAACUACUUCAUGUCGAAUAAAUCGGAGACCUACAGUCGGAUGCCUGGAUCAAGCUGGACCAACCAUUAUGGCACUGGAAAUGCAGGAGGAUUCUGGGGUAAAGAUACCAUUCGAUUUGGAGAGGCUGGAGGUGCUCAGCUUGUAGUCCCAGACUGCCAGUUUGGUCAAGCAGAUCAAAUUGCUCAAUUUUUUACUAAGCAACCUAUGGAUGGAAUCCUCGGCAUGGGAUUUUCAGCACUUUCUGUGAACAAUUUUGUUCCGAUUUUUGAACGUGCAUGGAAACUGGGCUUAGUUGAACCAAUUUUCACUUUCUACAUGGAGCAUGCAAACGGCUACUCCGAGAAACCUGUAUAUGGAGGAAUGGUCACCUAUGGCGGAGAAGACCGUGAAAAUUGCGGUGAAAUCAUUGCCUGGCAAAAUCUUACGUCAGCAACAUACUGGGCAUUCGAGAUGGAUGGGUACUCAUUUAAUAAGAUUAAGACAAUGACCAAAUAUUACGUCGUUUCGGAUACUGGAACUUCGUUCAUGGGUAUGCCAACGGCUGUCGCGGAUGAAGUUAGCAAGGCAUUCAACGCAACGUACAAGGAAGCUGAUGGCACUUACUACGUUGACUGUGCUGCUGAAGGUGACGACUUCACACUCAUAAUCGGGGAUAACGAGUAUCCCAUCAAGAGAGUCAACAUGAUUGUAGAAGUCGGGAAAAACGUUUGCACUCUAGCAGUAUUCCCGGUUUUUUCACGGUUCGGACCACAGUGGUUUCUUGGUGAUCCUUUCAUACGUCAAUACUGUAAUAUACAUGACAUGAAAAAUAAGCGUAUCGGAUUUGCUCCGUCGCUACAAGACGCUCGUUAGUAAAGCAUUUUUGUUGUUACUU